AUGUUCGCCAACAAGGGACCUUUCCGCCUCGUCCUCAACUCUGCCGCUGCCAACGAUAUUCACUGGCAUGUCGAGCAUUACGAGGGCCGUGGUGUCAUGAAGCACUUCAAGAGUGGUUAUGAUCUCGCCAAGGAGAUGGGUAUCGCCCCCUCCACUCUCGAGCAGACCUUCAAGAGCUACAUUGAGGUUGGUGACAAGCAGACUGCCGAUCCUGACAAUGGUCCCUAUGAUGCCUACCCGUCUGGAAAGACUUGGGAUGAGUGGGGAAAGAAGUUCUUCAAGAACUACAACUACAAGAUGGAUGACGAGUUCGAUGUUGCCAUCGUCACUCCUCUCGUUCACUACUGCAUGGGUGGUUUGAAGAUCGAUACUACCGGUCAUGUUCUCGACAAGGAGGGUAAGCCCAUCCGCGGUCUCUAUGCCGCCGGUGAGCUCAUGGGAGGUGUUCACGGCAACAACCGUUUGGGUGGUAACUCUCUUCUUGACUGUGUAGUCUUUGGCCGUCUCACCGGUAAGGAUCUAGUUAAGAGCUGCCUUAAGGGAUGCAAGCCUGUGGCACUGUCUGAUCUCGCUGAGGGCCGCACUGGUGUCAGCAAGCGCGCUAUUGUUGUUGGAGGUGGUCUUGCUGGUUUCUCCGCUGCCAACACUGUCCUCGAGCACGGUGGUGAGGUUCUUCUCCUUGAUAAGUCUGCCUUCUGUGGCGGUAACUCUUCCAAGGCUACCUCUGGUAUCAACGGUUCUUGCACUAAGACCCAGAAGAGGCUCGGUGUUGAGGAUUCCAACGAGUUGUUCGAGUCCGAUUGCAUGAAGGGUGGUUCCAAGAGCCCUGAGCUCAUCAAGACUAUGGUUGAGAACUCCGGAAACUCUGUUGACUGGCUCGUUGAUAACUUCGAUCUCGACCUUUCUCUCCUUGCUCGUCUCGGUGGUCACUCUGCUGAGCGUACCCAUCGUGGUAAGGAGCGCUUCCCUGGUAUGACUAUUACCUAUGCUGAGAUUCAGAUGGCCGAGGCUAUUUCCAAGGCCCAUCCCGACAAGUGCCAGAUCAUGAACAAGGCUCGUGUCACUGAUUUGAUCACCGAGGAUGGUGAGGUUGUUGGUGUCGAGUAUACCACUAAGGAUGGCCAGACCCAUAAGGUCUAUGGCCCUGUUAUCCUCGCUACUGGUGGUUUCGGUGCUGAUUUCUCCAAGGACGGUCUUCUUGCCAAGUAUCGUCCCGAUCUCCUCAAGCUCUCCACUACUAACGGCGAGCACUGCACUGGUGAUGGAAUCAAGAUGGGUAUGGCCAUCGGUGCCGACACUGUCGAUCUCGAGUGGGUACAGGUCCAUCCUACUGGUCUUGUUAACCCUAAGGAUCCCGACUGCAAGGUCAAGUUCCUCGCUGCUGAGGCUCUCCGUGGUGUUGGUGGUCUUCUUCUCGAUGCCGAUGGAAAGCGUUUCUCCAAUGAGCUCGGCCGUCGUGAUUACGUCUCCAACAGGAUGUUCGCCAACAAGGGACCUUUCCGCCUCGUCCUCAACUCCGCCGCUGCCAACGAUAUUCACUGGCAUGUCGAGCAUUACGAGGGCCGUGGUGUUAUGAAGCACUUCAAGAGUGGUUAUGAUCUCGCCAAGGAGAUGGGUAUCGCCCCCUCCACUCUCGAGCAGACCUUCAAGAGCUACAUUGAGGUUGGUGACAAGCAGACUGCCGAUCCUGACAAUGGUCCCUAUGAUGCCUACCCGUCUGGAAAGACUUGGGAUGAGUGGGGAAAGAAGUUCUUCAAGAACUACAACUACAAGAUGGAUGACGAGUUCGAUGUUGCCAUCGUCACUCCUCUCGUUCACUACUGCAUGGGUGGUUUGAAGAUCGAUACUACCGGUCAUGUUCUCGACAAGGAGGGUAAGCCCAUCCGCGGUCUCUACGCCGCCGGUGAACUCAUGGGAGGUGUUCACGGCAACAACCGUUUGGGUGGUAACUCUCUUCUUGACUGUGUCGUCUUUGGCC